CUGGUGGCUCUUGGCCGUAUCGAUCCGCGCUCCACUCAAAACUACCCCUAGUUGAGUAAGGCGCAGUGUCCGAAAGGCUCUCGCACGGUGAUCGCCUUUUUUUUAAUUAUUCGAGGAAGCCACGCGCGGAUUCGUUCCCGUUUUCAAUUCUCUCUCGUCGUCCUCGUUUUUUCUUAGUACACGCUACUAAUUUAUUCUCCUUCGGUGCUGAAUUGUCACGAUUUUUUCCGCUUCCGAGUAUCCGAUCGGAACGAACGAGAUUCCGGUGGAUAAGACACUGCUAACGGAGGCGAGUGAGCUUUUCGCGUUGGUGGCACGUCCAAAUAAGUCCUGAAUAUUUCGCGAGUGUUUCAGACUUUACGAAGCCCGACACUCAACUUCUACCGCUCGAUCGUGACCCAGCAAAGGUGCAGGCAACACGAUGGCGUUCGCAGGACUCAAAAAACAGAUCAACAAGGCCAAUCAGUACAUGACAGAAAAGAUGGGAGGAGCGGAAGGCACAAAGCUCGACGUCGACUUUGUGGAUAUGGAGAGGAAAACAGACGUCACGUGCGAACUCGUGGAGGAAUUGCAGCUCAAGACGAAAGAGUUUCUGCAACCAAAUCCAACGGCGCGAGCGAAGAUGGCCGCGGUCAAGGGAAUCAGCAAGCUGAGCGGUCAGGCUAAGGCUUCGACGUAUCCACAGCCCGAGGGUACCCUCGGCGAUUGUAUGCUCAUGUACGGCAAGAAAAUGGGCGAGGACAGCGUUUUUGGUGUCGCACUGAUAGAAAUGGGCGAGGCCAUGAGACAGAUGGCCGACGUUAAGUAUUCGCUGGACGACAACAUAAAGCAAAACUUCCUUGAACCGUUGCACCAUCUGCAGACCAAGGACCUCAAAGAAGUUAUGCAUCAUCGAAAGAAACUUCAAGGCCGAAGACUCGAUUUCGAUUGCAAACGAAGACGCCAGGCAAAAGCCAUUGGGAAGUUAUCGUCGAGUCCGCACCUCGGUAGCCCAGCGAGAUCGAACGCAUCGACUCCCCAUGCGGACGAUGAAAUUCGCCAAGCUGAGGAAAAAUUCGCGGAGAGCCUCCAACUCGCUCAAGUGGGCAUGUUCAACUUACUGGAGAAUGACGUUUUACAGGUGGAACAGGUUGCCCAACUUGCAACUUUUAGCGAAGCACUCCUCGAGUAUCACCAACAAUGCGUCGAAAUUCUCAGGGUGCUCACGGAAACGCUUUUGGAGAAGAAGGACGAAGCAGCAAACAGGCCCAAACUGGAGUUCGUACCGAAGACGUUGGCUGAUCUGAACGUGGAGGGCGGUCUACCAGGCUCGGACGGCAUGAACGGGUCAAGUCGAGCCGGGUCUCCGGUCCCUGGGGACGGCAAGCGCUCACAGCUCGAGCUAUUUCCGGCCGGAAACCCGCCGCAAUCAGCGAAUGCAUCCCCGUUGCCAUCGCCGAGCAAGUCACCGGCGAGGACUCCAAUGCCGAGGCAGCCUUGUUGCACGGCGCUCUACGACUUUGAGCCGGAAAAUCCCGGUGAACUUGGAUUCAAGGAAAACGAUACGAUCACCUUGAUUCAAAAAAUCGACGACAACUGGUACGAGGGAAGUGUGAACGGUCGUACGGGUUAUUUCCCAGUAACCUACGUCCAGGUGGUGAAUCCAUUACCGUAAACUGGUAUCGACAACCGCGAUACCAAAGACCGUGCAGCAUUUCUUCAUUCGCGUCUACAAUUAAUCAAGAAUCUACGCUCCUAGCCUACUCGAAAGGAUCGAACGGAAAAAAGGAAACAACAACAACAACAACAAUAUAAAACAGGAAGUAGCGGAGGAAGAAAAGAAAAAUACGGAGCUCCACUUUGCGUUAUGAGUUUAAAGCUUUCGCCAAUCCCUCGCGAUCCAAACAAAUUAUUACCAAACUUACGGAUUGACGAGAACGAGAAAAAGAAAAGAACAUAAAAAGGAAGAAAGGAAUAACAAAUCUCUAUAUCUCUAUUUCUGCCCGAAAAAAAAAAAAACAAAACAAAACAAAACAAAUAAUCUAAAACCUCUAUACGCAUGUUAAUGUACAUAUAUAUAUACGAAAUGUUAUGGUGUGUCUUUUAUCGACGUAAGAAACCUUUCCGAGUCACGAAAAGAGAAGCACACACUCACGCGGAAGAUAUAAAAGAGAAUAAGAAGAAAACAAAGCGCUUGGAGAAGCAGGCUCUGAUGCGAAACUUACUCGACGUAACGUGACGCUUCGACGGUGUACCCUAAUUACUGUUUCGUAAUCGACCGCUGAAUUUUAGUUCCUUUUUACACGGUCAAAAGGACUCUCUCUCCGUGAGCCCCUCAUUCGUUCCGUUGGUGUAAAAUAUAAUUUGAACGAUGGUUAUAUUUGUUACGGUGUAGUCGAGCUGCAUCGGUUUUUAGACAAAAGUGAUUGGAAUUAGUGUGCGUGUAGAUAUUAGAAGAAUAAUUCGUAAAGCAUGAAAACGAUGCUCGAACAAUAUUAAUUGAGGAUUCGUGUGUUUCGAACGUUCCAUCAAUUCCUUGAAGCGAAUUCCACAUUCGUUCAGCCAUCUCUCAAACCGUAUUUUUGUUUGGGUGCUGUUAUUUUCUUAAUGUUUCAACACCGUUCACGGUGACGUCAUUUUCGAAUAAGUAUUUUUAGUUUAAGCGAAAACGAAUGACGGCGAAUCUCUUCCAGGCCCCGAGUCCCCGUUGAUACAACAUUUUUCUUUUCCCUUAUUCGUUAUCCGCGUUACUUUCCACGGCGAUGCUCUUUUGUCGCAUCGUCCUAUUUUUCCGUACGCCAUUCUCGACGAGGCGGUCGAAAAUUUCAUUAACCGACUCUUCCAAUACCUCAUUUUCGCGAUUCUCCCGCUGUCCGAUUUAUUCACGCACGCCUCUACAUUGAUACGCAUAUAAUUCUUUACAUUAAAGAGAGAGAGAGAGAGAGAGAGAGAGCGCGUCGCGUAUUGUUCAAUAACGAUCCAACCUUGCAAUCGAUAACAGAGCUCUACACCCGAUCCUAAAUUCUCGAAAUCCAACCAACGACAUAACGACUGUGGACGAGAUUUCAUUGGCCAGAAUACAAAAAGAAAAUACGAAAAAAAAAAAAAAAAAAACAGAAGAAGAAAAAUGAAAGUAAUUAAGAAACUUGGUUAUAAUAUGCGUUGCCAUGUGGUUUUUAGGUACUCUUCGACCGAUAUUUCCUAAGCGUAACUUGUAAACCAUUAGAGUAUGUACGAGAAAAGGAGAGAAAGAGAGCGAGAGAAGCGAGAGAUAACAAAAAAAACCAACAAAUAUGUCUAUAUAUAUAUAUAAACGCGUAUACAUACCGUCGAUAUUACAAACGAUAGUUUCAUUCGUUAUACAUUUAUAUGUACAUACGUGUAUGACGAAUGAUAACCGUCUCAUUAUGAUUUAUCUUUUUCGACUAGUUAUACUUUUAGUCUUGUUUCUCGUUGAAUAUCAUCGAAAAUACGAGAGAAAGAAUCUAUCGAAAGAACGAAAAGAGCAAAUAAUUCAGAUUGAACCGAAAUUAUUCGAAAUCGGAGUAAUAAGUUGUUUUAUAGGGAGAAUCUUGACAUCGUUGAAAAUAUGUUAGUUAGCCAUAACGUUUAUUGAUUGCGAGCGAGAGCAAGGGAGCAGGAUAGGUGGGAGCAAAAUCGUGGAGGAGCAAAAUCGAAAAUUGCUAUUCGGAUAUUUUCAUUGAGAUGCUGAUUUGACCGAAAAGAUUGUAAUAAAAGAGGACAACGAGUCAGAAAAGCAAGUUAAAUGGAUAUCAUUGAUAUUACAUUUAUUGCGGACGUAUUGUCGAUGAAUUAACGUUGUUAGCGGUGAAUAACAAUGACGAGAAAGAAUCCAAUGAAAAAAGUCGAAAUGUGAUUCGAGUUCGAGUUGAGAAACGUGAAAGCAGCCGCGAGUUCGAAUCUGUACGCAAUUUCAUCAACGACACACGCGCGCACACAAUACUGAAGCUCGACAUUUUUCAAAUCGAUGUCGUGCAUCAACUGAUGCUUACAACAACAAUUGGAUGAUAGAGAUUGCGACUGCGAAUCUAGUGUGUUUCCUCAAACAAAAUGAAAUAACCGUGUAAGUUAGAGUCAGAAACGAGAAAAAAGUCUGUCUCAACCGACUCACCGCACAAGAGAGAAAGAUUCAAUGGUAAGGAAAUAACUGGAAUAAACUAUUGUUUCCGAACGGUCUAAUUGAAAAUCGCUAAGGUAUUAAAUACGCGUGGAUCAAUGUCAAAUUCACUGUGCUAAGUGUGUGCGCGGGUGUGAAGAUUCUCGAGUUUCGUGUACCUGAAAACAAAGAAAAACAAAACACACAACACACAAAUAAAACAAUGAAAACAAUGAAGCGAAUAAAAAAAUGUCAAUUAACGAUCGAGAAACGAUAUACAAAAAUGAAAAUGAAAUCGGUUUGUGCGAUUCGCAGGAAAACGUAUACUGAGAGCUCGAGUGAGAAUAUUCAAAAGCGUUUCGAGAGUCGAGCCUUCGAGGCGUAGCAAUAAGAGCGAGCGAGAAAAAAAUCCAUAAUUAGGAGACCCAAUUUGAUUCCCGAUAGAGGACAAAAUGGAGAAAGAAAGAGAGUGCGCACGCGAGAACUUUCAUUCAGCAGAGAUAAACCGUGCUUCGGAAAAACAAUAUUCGAAAAAAGUUUAAAAUACGAAUGAAAAAUUUGAGGAACACUGAAGCCGUUGACGUAAAAUCGAGAAAAAGAGAGAAAGGGAGAGAAGGACAAACUCGGAAAGAUUGCCAUUUAAAAUUAGCAAAUCUUGCGCACCCAAAUUCGAAGCUGCGAAUUUAUUGCGUCAGGAAACUCAAUUCAAGGGAUGUUGCGGUUAAAUUAUAUACGAUAUAAACCUGACGAAUGAAAUUUGAAAUUAUACAUGAGAAGAGAAAGAAAAAAUCAUUAAUCAUACAUACUAAAAAUCGGUAUCCUAUUCUAUAAAUGUUGGCUAUUGUUAAAUGUUGAAUAUUGUUCUGCAUGGAGCUUUGUCGUUCGGAUGAGGCUCGCAUAAAUUUUAUUCCGAUAUUUCGAAUUAUAAUGGAAGAAAAUUUUUUAAACAAAAACGUUGAUUAAUGAGAGAAUCCGAAGAGAGAGAGAGAGAGAGAGAGGGGAAAAUAGCCCCAGCGACAAAGCCACGUGCACUCUACUACUGUAAUCUAAGACCAUGUACGAGAGAAAAAGGUGCGCUCGGGAACAACGCAGCAGCAAAAGUAACGAACCAGCACGCCGAAAAAUUCUCGUACAUAGCCCUCGUUGUUCGGCAAUCGGAGGAAUUCCCUUCGAUCCGUUGCAAGUGGGAAAUAACGUCACUCUGCAUCCAAGGUCUGGCAAGAAACCAUAAACAUAAUCGACGAGAAGAAUUAUUUAAAAAAAAGCAUGCGGCGACAGCCGUCACGAAAAUCUCGGGGAUGCUGAAUUUUCAACAAUUAGCGACUUACUUGUGUUUUCAUGAGCGCCAGAAAAAUUCGAUCUCGACGCGAUGAACGUUUUGGCACUGUUUUUCUCCCCGAGAGCGUUAAACGAUCGAACACAAACUUGUAAAUCUUCGUCUGUUCCGCGUCGUACGAUGAUUCACGAUUUCCCAUAGCACUGUUUCUCGUUGUAGUUACUUUUGUCUCUUUUCUUGUUUUAUAUUACUUUUUCCUUCGAUCACUCUUUCUCUCACGUUGAUGAUUCACACUGUGACGCAGGUGUCAGGUUAACGACCAGGGGAUGCUAAGGAGUGACAUACUUUCAGACAAUACAUUACGAUUAAUUAAACUUAUAUAAUGCUAAAUUUAACCUUAACUAUAUUAAUUAUCGAGAAAAAAAGAGACAACAACAAAUGAAACUCCGAUUUGAUGAAGAACGAUGUAAACAAUUAUACAAUUUCGGUCAAUGCUAAAUGAAUAUUAUGAUAAACAGUUAAGGAAAUAAAGUGUGCUCUAUGUCAAAA